AUGGGCGUUUCAAACCUCAGUCCUGACAGUGAUGUCAUCCGAGAUACUGAUAAGUACGACAUUCAAGUUCUUGCACCACCAUCAAUGCCACUACCUUCUUCUCCAAAAUCUGGUGCAUCGAUCAGUACCGUUCAACUGUCUUCAAAUGCUUCAUCAGACGAUUCGCUUAGAAAUGGAAGUGGAUCAUCGAACUGCACAAAUCAAGUGGCGACCAAUGCCGUGACGGUUCCUUUAGACUGGACAGCUGACGAUCUCUGUCCUUAUUAUAGACCUCGAAGUGAUGGUUGUACCGAGCCUCGAACUUGUCGCGACUGCCUCAAUAUCAACGUAAAUAGCACUUAUAGCUGUCUCGUGAAUCAAUAUGGUCGUUGUGUGCAGAAAAGUCCAUCUACGUAUGUAUCAGCUUUGGAUUUUCGAUAUCAGAACGCAUCAAACAAUGCUCCGCAAAGCGAUGAACAACGAGUCCAGUUUUUAGCGGAUAGAGUAAAUUAUUGCAAGGUCAAAGACAAAGAGUGUCAACACUGUCGAGACACGGUGUUUGCUGACGUGAUGGAAGGUCGGAUCGAUGGUUCAUUAACCAAAUUUUGCUAUGGCAAAGGAGGAUGCGUGUGUAUUGCAGUAUGUGAAGCUUCAAUCUGGAAAAGUACCAUUGGUUUGACGGUAUGCAAUGGCGUUGUAGUGACGAAUGACUACGACGGGCGAUAUGCUAAUACGUAUGGUGCCACAUUAGGUCAAGAGGAAAAAGUUAAUUCAUCAAUUUGGAAUCUCUUGCUGGGCGGAGGACUGGCUGCUGCUAUUUUGGUGUUUGCUGCGGUAGUAUAUAUUCGUAAACGUCGUUCGGAUGGUAGUAACGAAAGUGUAUCAAACCACCUCGGCGAAGAGGAAAGUCGAGAGGAUGAAUUUACAAGAGAAGGAUCGGUACCAAGACAAGUACCAGCGGCUCCUCAAUUGAGUCUUUUCGGGUGGCAAUCAAUGCGGACAGAGCUAAUUGAACGAGAACAAUUGCUGCUGGCUGGAGUCGAAGACUUUUCUGACGUAAGAACGGGAUACUUGCAGCUAUUGGACACUGAUGCUUCUGCACCUCCACCGGAAGAAGAUGAGAGUUCAGCUCCAGUGCUGCUAGUUCCAUUGGCAGGUGCAUCCGCGCCAUCAUUUUCUCCAAGUGCUAUGGCAAUGGCUUCAUCACGUCCAUUAAUAUCGCCGUCAGCCCCACCUGCUUCUCCCACACUCUUUGAAGAUGAAUUAUUGUAG